AUGUCACCAGUUCGCCGCCCUAAUGGGGGAUCCUCGAACGCCAUCCGCAUCAUCAUCACCCAUGGUCAGCGUCAGCAUCCCCCCCCAGCUGCAUCAGCAAUAAGACCAUCCAUCUGCUUGAGCAAUAGUAUUCACAAUCAAGCCGCACGGGUAGGGGCAGGAAAAUCGUCUGCACCCUCGCCUUCCAUGACCCCGGCGGCUACGCCUCAUUAUCGCUGCUCCUCUUUCGCCGCCCGCCCUGCAGGUUUCUCGCCCUCUUAUCUUUUUUUCCCUCCCCGGCUGUCUCAUUUUUUUUCCCUUUUCUCUCUUUCCCCCCCUUCACUUUUCGCCGCCGUAACCUCCCAUACAAACCUUCUUCCUCCCGUCCCCUCCACCCCCCCGACUCCGAAACCUCUCUCUUUCUCUCUCUCUCUUUCUUUCCUCAUUCCUCCCAUCUCUCUCUCCCCUUUCUUCACUCCCUCCCUCCCUCUCUCUCUUCCCCUCUGGCCUGGUUAUUCCCUGCCAGUUGAAAAGGUAAUAGAGUCUGUGUCCGGGAGCGUUGAAGUGAACAACGAAACCCAUCCACUGUUCAAAAGAACCGGAGAUUCCAUCCAGGAGAAGAAUAAAGGCCUUUUUUCUCCCUCAUCUCCCUCAUCUCUGAUUCACCUGAGAUUAUUCUCCAAGUUUUUCCGAAGUUCACAUUCACACGUUGAACUCUCGUCUCUUCCUCACCUGCCGGACCUAUUGAAGGACGUUACUGUCUCUUUCGUUUGCGACUUGCUUAAUGCUGGAAGUGACUUAUAUACCUUGCAUCCAUCCUUGACAACCACCGUGGACAAGACACGCUCUCGCCGGGAUUUGUUUCUUUUAUUCUCUCGGAGCAAGAGCCAUAUAACCAACCCUGGGAUUCCACCUCCUCUCUAA